UUUGUCCGGGCCUUGGCGUCAAAGAGUCCCAGACCAGACCUGCGCCAUCUGUCUUCGCGAUCCUGUUAUGUAUGUAUUAUUGUCUAUCUUAACCACCAACCAGCACAGCGCUCUCUAUACUAUUUACCCUUCCCACGCUCACUCCUUAGAUUCCUCUGGUGCUGGGUCCCCGUGUUGAACUCUCCAGAUUCCUUCCUUCCGCUUCACUGCGGAACAAUCCCGUCUCGAUUUUACCCUCCCGCAACUAUUUUUUUUUGAACGCUCGUUACCCAAGGUACGAGGUCUCUUGCUGCCCCGGGUCCAUUGGGGCUUCAGUCGCCGCCCUGAACCUACUUAUCUCUGCCCCAGCCCCCAUCGCUUGACCUUGGGCCUAUCUAUCUAUCGACUCACCUCCUCAGAGCGUUUCACCGCUGUCAUCGGACUCCACCCGUCCUUUCAUUGCUAGCCUUGCUUGCGCUUGCUUCCCUUCAGUAACAUCUGGGCGUGGGGGGAGUGACAACACUUAUCCACUUUAAAACUUCGUUUCUGCUAUAGUGCUGACGUGAAAGACGUUGAAAGGGCCGACUGGGAGGGUUAAGCAGAACACAGGAAGGGAAGAGGAAGAAAGAAAACAAGAGGAGGUAUAAGAAAUUCAGGACCAGUAUAAUAUAGGGUAUAGAAAGGAAAAAAAGAAAUAGAAAUAAACAAGACGGAGGCUUAGCUUGUUUUAUACUGGGAAUACUCCUGUUGGGGGAAGAGUUCCCGGAAGCAUUGUUUUAUAUGCAAUCACCCCCGAGAAUCCGCUAUCAUGCCCGGCAUACUCCCAAUGAAGGUGAUCAAGGUGGGCAACAGCUCGCAGAGUCGUGUUGCCCAGGCUUGUGACCGGUGUCGGAGCAAGAAGAUCCGUUGUGACGGAAUCCGUCCGUGUUGUUCGCAAUGCGCCCACGUCGGCUUCGAAUGCAAGACUAGCGACAAGCUAAGCAGACGUGCCUUUCCUCGAGGUUAUACCGAGUCCCUAGAGGACAGGGUUCGUUCGUUAGAGGCAGAGGUUCGAGAGCUCAAGGGGCUGCUAGAUGAGAAAGACGAGAAAAUAGAUGUCUUGUCACGCCUGCAGUCGUUUUCCUCCGCGCGCAAGAGUCCGUCGUAUGGCUCGAAUGAUCCGGGAUCUUCGCCAGGCGACAAGUCGUCCGAAUCUUCUAUCUCUGAAAAAAGAGAGGAUAUGAUCCGCGUUCAACAUUCAUGCUCGCUGCUAAGAAAACCUACGAGAGAUGCCCCCUUUACUGGCCCUUCGAGUACAAGGGCGUUUAUAGAUGCAUUUGCCAAAAAAAUGGAGAUGAGCGGCAGAUCAGCUUCGGGCUUCUCAGCCGACGUGUUGCUCGGUCCACCCUCAAUACCAAUUUGGCGGCAUCAGGAUGUCAACCCCAAAAGUCCCCCGAGGCUGGUAUCGGACCAGCUUAUCAACAUUUUCUUCCAAGAAUGGGCACCGCUAUAUCCUGUCAUCCAUAGACCUACCCUCCUGAAAGUAUACAGCCAGUAUACAAACGAUCCUGGGGAAUUCGAGGACGAUAAAUACUACAUUGUACAGCUGAACCUGAUUUUUGGAAUAUCUGCCAUCUCCUCUACUGCCCGUAUCCCCCAGGAUCCAGCGCUCUUCGAGCAAAAUUGGCUGCCCAAGAUUGAUGCUCUAGCAGAUGACAUUUCUCUGCCAGCCCUCCAAUGCUACGUUUUGGCGCAGAUUUACUACACCGUCAAGGCUGAUUACAAAAGCCUGCUACGCUAUCGCGGCCUUGCUGUGGGGUUGUGCCAUCAACUUGGUCUCCAUCAAAGCCAGAGGAGGUUUUCAUUUAAUCCGCUCGCCAGUGAAAUGCGGAAGAAAGUGUUCUGGUGUCAAUAUGUUCUUGACCGUUUUGCCGCUGCGCUGACGGGAUUGCCUGUGUUGUUAGCGGAAUCAGAUGUCUGUGCGGAGUACCCGGUCGAUAUUGAUGAUGAAAACAUUACGGAUGCAGGAUUCGUCCCAACGCUAGCUGGCGAAUCAACGCGAGUUUCAAGUGCCUUAGCCCUUUUUGCUGCGGCACGGAUUUUAACCAAGGUUCUUGCCCAGCUGUACCCUUCGCCGGCUGGUUAUGAUGUUUCGUUGUCUACGAUUCAUUCUCUGGCAGAGGAACUUGAUGGGUGGCAGAAGAAUCUUCCGCCGCAUCUUCGACUUGAGUUUACGCAGGAUAAACCCAGCAGUAGCGUCACCGGAAGCCGGUCACCUCUUCUCUCUUUAACGUACUACUUCAUUCGGACGCUCAUCCGACGACCGGCAGUUUGCUUUGCUGCGCAAAACAAUGCCUCCCCUUCCCUGCUUGCGUUGGUUGACUCGGGGAAGCAUAUAAUUCAAAUUCUGCAACUCCUAGAUGAGAGGAGAAUGAGUCUUUCGCUUGCUGUUAACAGAAGGGAACUUAUUUUUGUCUCUAGCCUGGGAGUGCUGUGGCAGAACAUGGAUCUGGGUCGUGACUGCAAACUCGUGAAAGAAGGACAAAAGCUCCUUUCGUCCUCCCUGUCUCUACUCGAAAACGAAGCUACAGAAGCCGCUAGUGAAUUCAGCAACAUCUUGAACCUUGUUUCUCCAACUGAUGAAGUUAAGCGCGUCAAGCCAGAAUACCAUCAUCAUUCAAACGCGGAUAUGCCUGCCCCUUCGCCAAAGGCUAAAUCACCGAGAAAAUCCCAGUUGCUAGAAUCCCGUCAGUCGCUUAGCAUGAGCACACCUGUCUCCAAUUCCAAUUCGACAUCCAUUUCAAGCCCAGAGCUAUGCCAGCGCAGUGUCAGGUCCUCCAGCUCCCUCAGCAUCGCCUCAUCCGCGAACCCAGAGCUAACGGCGAUAACUCCCCGUUCCUCGGGUGAGCUGCCUUCGGACUACCUGAACUUGGACUACCUCCCUCUCGGCGACCAGAAGGUUGGGUUGAAAGCAACAACCACCAACGCUGCUGGGGGUGAAUUUAGUGUGUCUGAUUGGGAGCACGUUCUUGGCGGCGUGGAUAACGGACACGCAAACAUAUUCAAUGGGAUAUAUGGUAGAGGGGAAUGUGGGGACGUCAGCGCCGGUCCCUUCGCCCAGAUCACGCCCCCAUUCCAGUACGCACCAAAUCAACCGCACCCGUCACGAAUGUCCACUCAGCCCCCCUCGCAGGAUCUGCACGGCUGGUCUCCGGAUGAGUGGUCCUCCUGUACAAGUAGCGAUCUGAAUACCAGACACAGCGUGCUAAGUUUUUCGGAAGAUAGCAUCGGAACCGUUGACGAACUGCCGCCGCCAGCGAUAAGUGGUAAACAUUGCGAGACGCUUACACAUACGCAUGCGCAGCAGCAGCAACAGCAAGCGCUGCCGCCACAACACCCAUCAGCCUCGGACGGACUUGACGGUAUCAUAAUACCGCAUAACAUCGAGCAGCUGGACAAUGCAUCGGACUUUGGAGGUAUCAUUGAUACCUGGGCUUUACGCCAGCCUGCGUGAGCAAGAUUUUUAAAAAUGAUAUAACAAAUGAAUAUACCCAAUGCCUAAUAUUAUUUGUAUCGGUAGUCGCUUUUCAGUGGUUUUUUAUCCUUUGGGUGCGCGGAGUUCCUGAUAUCCUUUAGUACAUGUACAUACGGGUAGGCUGGCGUAUUGGUAACAAAUUUUUUCUUUUAUAUCGAUUUCGAUCUGAUUCCAUUUUUCCCUCCGGGUUUGGGCGUUUUAUCUGUUUUCUUGUGCUGCUUGCUACUGGGCUGUUGACGGAUUAAUUACACAUUUGCUCUGUUGUAUUGUCUUUACCACUCAUGAACUCUCUCUAGCAAGAAAAAUAUGGGAAUAAUUUGUUAUAUGUGACUCUUAUUUCUUUAUCUAUACGUUAUUUCUUUUUCUUUUUGAAGUAUAUGAUGUGAUUGUGUUUACAUACUUAUUUUAACUCUUUUCAAUCUAACUUAUAAAAUUCUAGAUAAAUAAGAGUAUGAAAAAUUAUGUUUAAUACUAAAAUAAUAACAGUCAUUUGACUCAUUUCUAG